AAUGGCAAGUUCCAUCCCUGGCAGUAUAAGUCGGCUUCUACAUUGUUUUUCGACUGCUUUGUGGAUAUGAUUUGUCAAAACAAACAUUCAUAAAAUGGAUUAUGACACAUUGCCUGAGCUCGGUGAUCUGCUCACAUUGAGCUGCAACAAGAGGCUCGAGCUGUUGGGAUCCCUACUAAGUGAACCAGAUGGCGACAAAAUGUUGCAAAGCUUCAACUUGGAGGAUAAAUUCAAGCGGCAUCAAUUCUCAAUGGAUGCUUUAUUGGAUACGUUUAUCCUACUUUAUGAUGAGUGCACAAAUUCAUCGCUUCGCAGAGAAAAGAGUGUUUCCGAUUUCCUCAAGCUUGCUAAACCAUUUGUCCACAUUGUCCGCAAAUUGCGAUUGACUCGCGAAGAUUUCGAAAUAUUAAAAAUAAUUGGACGUGGAGCAUUUGGGGAAGUCUGCGUUGUUCGCAUGCUUUCCUCGGAAAACAUUUUCGCAAUGAAAAUCCUGAACAAAUGGGAGAUGUUGAAACGUGCGGAGACAGCAUGUUUUCGGGAGGAAAGAGAUGUCCUCGUCCUUGGUGAUCGUCAAUGGAUAACAAAUUUGCAUUACGCUUUUCAGGAUAAUAUCAAUUUGUACCUGGUUAUGGACUAUUAUUGCGGUGGCGACUUAUUAACAUUAUUGAGCAAAUUUGAGGACAAACUUCCCGAAGACAUGGCCAAGUUUUAUAUCACCGAAAUGAUAUUGGCCAUAAACAGCAUUCAUCAGCUCAAGUAUGUGCAUCGGGACAUAAAGCCCGACAAUGUUCUGUUGGACAAACGUGGCCACGUACGAUUGGCCGACUUUGGAUCGUGCCUGCGAUUAGAUAAAGAUGGCACAGUUCAGUCGAAUGUUGCAGUCGGCACACCCGACUAUAUAUCGCCAGAGAUCUUGAGGGCAAUGGAGGAUGGCAAGGGACGUUAUGGCACAGAAUGUGACUGGUGGUCCCUGGGCGUUUGUAUGUACGAAAUGCUGUAUGGCGAAACUCCCUUUUAUGCCGAGAGUCUCGUGGAGACAUACGGCAAAAUAAUGAAUCAUCAGAAUUGCUUUAAUCUACCGUCACAAGAUACAGCGACGCACUGCAAGUUAUCGGAGGCGUCCAAGGAUCUGCUUUCCAAGCUAAUCUGUAUACCCGAGAACCGACUCGGUCAGCGGGGAUUGCGGGAUUUUAUGGAUCACACAUGGUUCGAUGGAAUCGAUUGGAAGAAUAUUCGAUCUGGUCUGGCACCCUAUAUACCGGAAGUCUCAAGUCCAACCGACACAUCCAAUUUUGAUGUGGACGACAAUGAUGUGAGAUUAACCGAUUCCAUACCUCCAUCAGCGAAUCCGGCAUUCUCUGGCUUCCAUUUGCCCUUCAUUGGGUUCACUUUCUCGCAGAACUGCAGCAGCACAGACUCAAGAACCGCCGGUGCCGAUCUGCUGCCUGACAAUAAAAAUCAAAUGUCGCUCGACAGUUCGCCGCUGUCCACUGAACUGACCAUGUCUAAAGAAUCUGAAAAAUCAAACGAAUCUCUCAACAAACAAUUUAAGGCAUUGACCGAACAGUUAGUGCUAACAAAGCAUGAAAAGAACGAACUGACCGUUAAAUAUAAUGAGAUAAUGGAACGUCUGCAGAGUCAGGACUCUGAACUGAAGGACACAAUUGCGCAGCGCAAUGCGGCAAUGAUGGAAUACUCGGAGGUCACCGAGAAACUAACCGAGCUGCGAAACCAAAAACAGAAGCUCUCCCGCCAGGUGCGCGACAAGGAAGAGGAACUCGACGCGGCAAUCCAAAAAAAUGAUAGCCUACGCAACGAUCUGCGCAAGUCGGAUAAGACAAGGCGAGAGCUCGAACUGCAUAUCGAGGAUGCGGUGAACGAGGCAUCCAAGGAGAAGAAGAUACGCGAACAUGCCGAAGAAUGUUGCCGCAAAUUGCAGAACGAUUUUCGAAAAUCUGUACCAAAUGUGGAUGCCACAGCGACGACAAACAUAACAUCGGGCAUCGCAGCCUACGAAAUCGAACGCAUCGAAUUGCAAUAUGCGGAGAAAUUGAGUCAUCAGCAGGCGCGCAACAAUCUCGAGUUGGACGCACUCCGGGAACAGCUGAGCGAGCUGGAAGCUUCGAAUUUAAUACUCUCCAAAGAGCUUCAGCAGGCACACGAGAAAUUGAAAUGUACACCGAUCGAAUCGAUUGCCGAUUCGGCCGAAACAAUCUUGGAGCUGAAGAAGCGCUUCGAAUUGGAGAAGUCGACGUGGAAUGAGGAGAAGCAACGCUUGAGCAGCGAGGUGAGCGUUAAAUCGAAAAAUUUGCGUGACAUCCAGGCGGAUGAGAUACUAAUCCUGAAGGAGCUGCAAGUGAAACGCGAUGCAAUCAACCACUGGGAACUCCAGAUGGACGAGAUCAUAAAGUGGGUGUCGGAUGAGCGAGAUGCCCGCAGCUAUUUGCAGGCGCUGGCCACGAAAAUGACCGAAGAAAUCGAAUACCUCAAGCAUGUGGGAACGCUCAACAAUAAUGCUGUCGAUCACAAGAAUUGGCGCAAUCGCCGCUCACAAAAGCUCGAUAAAAUGGAAUUGUUGAAUCUGCAAAGCGCCUUGCAGCGUGAGAUUCAAGCGAAGGCAUUCAUUGCCGAGGAACUUAGCCAAACGAGAGCUGAACUGAUGUCCACGCAGAAGGAAGUCGGUGAAUAUAAGAAGCGAUGUGAUACCAUUCUGUAUGACUACAAGAAAAAGGAGGUAGAACUUCGCGACUUGCAGAAAAUGGAACUGGGUGGUUAUUCGGAGUCGUUCUUAAACAAGGCAUCGCAUCACAAUAAUGCCUUCUUCAAGGAUAUGUCCAUGAACACCGAUCUGAUUGACGCCGACGAAUCGUAUGCCAACGAUGCCAGGGAUAGCAUUUCGUCAGCCUCGAAUCUGUUUCAGACAUCGAACACUGGAAUGCUUUUCAACUACGAAUCAAAAUAUUCGCUCAAAGCCGCCAAGGAUAAUUUGAGCGCAAAGAAUUCGACCAUGAAUGAUGACAUUAGAUCAGAGAGUAGUUUAACCUACGAGGAAUCGAAAAAGAAACCGAGCAGCAAUACAGCAAUUCAUCAGUUUCUUGUACGCACUUUCAGUAGUCCAACCAAAUGCAAUCAUUGCACAUCGCUAAUGGUGGGACUGACGCGACAAGGCGUUGUCUGUGAAAUAUGCGGAUUUGCCUGUCACACGGUAUGCUGUCAACGAGUGCCGACCAUGUGUCCCGUGCCCAUGGAUCAGACGAAACGGCCCCUGGGCAUUGAUCCGACACGGGGCAUUGGCACCGCCUAUGAAGGCUAUGUCAAGGUGCCCAAAUCGGGUGUCAUCAAGCGUGGUUGGAUACGCCAAUUCGUUGUCGUUUGUGACUUCAAGUUGUUCUUGUACGACAUAUCCACGGAUCGCUGUGCCUUGCCGAGUGUAAGUGUGUCGCAGGUGCUGGAUAUGCGUGAUCCUGAAUUUUCAGUUGGCAGCGUUCGCGAAAGUGAUGUAAUUCAUGCAGCUAAAAAGGAUGUACCAUGUAUUUUUAAGAUUAAAACUGCCCUUAUUGAGGGGGGAAUCUCGUUAUGCACUUUAAUGCUGGCCGAUAAUGAGUCGGAGAAAUCAAAAUGGGUCAUUGCAUUGGGUGAACUUCAUCGAAUUUUAAAGCGAAAUAAUUUACCAAACACGGCCAUUUACAAAGUCAAUGAAAUAUUGGAUAAUACCUUAUCGAUAAUACGCAACGCACUGUGUUCUGUUAUAACUUAUGCUAAUCAAAUAUUGCUGGGAACUGAAGAUGGCUUGUUCUAUCUCAACUUGGAUCAGUAUGAAAUUGCUCGCAUUGGCGAAACGAAGAAGAUUCUGCAAUUAUGGUAUUUGGAAGAGGAGCAGAUUAUUGUAAUUCUUUGUGGUAAACAACGCCAUUUGAGGCUGCUACCGAUAAGAGCAUUGGAGGCCAGCGAUGUCGAAUGGAUCAAAGUCAUAGAGUCUAAAAACUGUAUAUCUGCUUGCACCGGCAUAAUUCGGCGUUAUCCGAGUAUUGUUUAUUCAUUCAUAAUUGCAUUGAAACGACCCAACAAUCACACGCAAAUCAUUGUCUACGAAAUAAAUCGAACGCGCACUAGACACCAAAAGACUUGUGAGUUUACCAUCGGAUAUUUGGCCCAACAUCUGCAGAUAUUGUCGGAUAUGCGACUGGUUGUUGCCCAUCAGAGCGGAUUCACGGCAUACUUUUUGAGGGGCGAAGCAACAGCAAUGUCUCUCGUUCAUCCCGAGAAUCAGUUAUGUGCAUUUUUAAAUUAUUCGGGCGUUGAUGCUGUUCGAGUAAUUGAAAUACUGUCCCCAACCGUUGGAACCUUUGGCGAAUACCUAUUGGUAUUCCAGACUCUAGCCAUAUAUGUGGAUCUACAAGGACGAAAAUCACGCGAUAGAGAAAUAAUGUAUCCGGCUUUCCCUACUUAUAUAACAUAUUCCGAUGGUCAUUUAUUGGUAUUCUCAGAGACUCAUUUGGAUAUAUUCAAUACACAAACGUCUGAGUGGGUUCAAUCAAUUGGUAUAAAACAGUCGCUUCCUCUGAAUAAUAUUGGCAACGUUGUUUUAACAUCCAUCAAUGAUACACCGUUGAUUGUUUACUUGGCAAAUAUUCACACAAAGGGACUAUUGCAGCAUCGUGAUGGUGACCAAAAGGGACUCAGCAAUAUUAAACGUAGAUUUUCUAUUAGAGAAAUAAACAAAACAGUUAAAAGUGAUCGAAGGUCAAAAAUGAUAUCUGGUCCAACGAAUUUCAACCAUAUUUCCCAUAUGGGUCCUGGAGAUGGUAUUCAAAAUCAGCGUUUACUAGACUUGCCAACCACUUUGGAGACAGCCGAGCACACAAGCAAGUCGCUCAUAACUUCGAUAAAUUCCGUAAACCAAACAAGGAAGUCCAACUUUUUGGAUCAAGCUGAUGGCAAUUCUGAGGAUUUCGGUAAUGAUAACAUGCUCUCUAGGACUCCCAGCCCAAUUGGGACACUGCUUUUUGAUGACCUAAACAAUAUCGAUUAACUUGUAAUACUCAUAUUAAUUUAACCCCUAUUGUCGAAUAAAAUUUGUCAAAUCUCA